UGCCGCUCCAACGGCCAGACGGGACGGCGGUAGGCGGCGGCGGCGGCUGCAGUUCGAGACCCGAAGCAGCGAGGAGGGGAGGGUCCCUGAGCCCCCUUUGUGCGGGGGAGGAGCCACGAGGAGGGCUGGAGGGAAGAGUGAAAAGAGAUACUUGAUGCCUCCUCCGCCAUCUCCUGCGCUUGGCAAAAGGAAGAGAACCGCCAUGCAGCCAGCUCAGGAUGGAGUGUCCUUUGAAGAGGUGGCUGUGUAUUUCACCAUGGAGGAAUGGGCCCUGCUGCGGGCCCCCCAAAGGGCACUGUACAAGGAAGUCAUGCUGGAGAACUUUUGGAAUGUGUCUUCACUGGGUCCUCUGAUUGCUAAGCCUGAGCUCAUAUCCCAGCUUGAAGUGGAUGGAGAGGUGUUUAUUGGGAUCUUCGAUGAAGAGGAGGAACCGGCAGGAGAAGUGAAGUCAGCAAAUGAAAUGAAAGAGCAUUGUGUGAAGGAAAAACAAGGCAUAUAUUCAGAUGGAAAAGACGACACUGAAUAUUGUGAUGCCCUGGAAAAGGAGAACCCAUAUAAAUAUCUGGAGUGUGGCAAAGACUUCAGUGAGAGUGGAAACCGUACUUCCCAUCAAAGAAUUCACGCAGGGGAGAAACCAUAUAAAUGCCAGGAGUAUGGGGAAAACUUCAGUGAGAGUGGAAACCUGACUUCACAUCAAGGAAUUCACACCAGGGAGAAACCAUAUAAAUGCCCGUUGUGUGGAAAAGGCUUCAGUCACAGUGGAAGCCUUACUUCCCAUCAAGGAAUUCACACAGGGGAGAAACCAUAUAAAUGCCUGGAGUGCAGGAAAGGUUUCAGUUCCAAUACAAACCUUACUUCACAGCGAAGAAUUCACACACGGACAAAACGAUAUAAAUACCUGGAGUGUGGGAAAGCCUUCAGAUUCACAGCAGGACUUACUUCCCACCAGAGAACUCACACCGGACAGAAACCAUAUUCAUGUCUGGAGUGUGACAAACACUUCAGUGAGAGGGGACGCCUUACUUUACAUCAAAGAAUUCACACAGGGGAGAAACCAUAUAAAUGCCUUGAGUGUGGAAAAGACUUCAGUGAAAGGGGAAACCUUACUUCUCAUCAAAGAAUUCACACAGGGGAGAAACCAUACAAAUGCCUAGAAUGUGGAGUAUCAUUCAGUAAUAGUAGAAGCCUCAAUUCCCAUCAAAGAAUUUGCACAAGAGAGAAACCCUACAAAUGCUCAGAGUGUGGGAAAGUUUUCAGUCAGAGGACAAACCUUAUUUCCCAUCAAAGAAGUCACACAGGGGAGAAACCAUACAAAUGCCUGGAGUGUGGAAAAGCCUUCAGUCACAGCACAGGUCUUACGAAACACCGGAGGAUUCACACAGGGGAGAAACCGUACAAAUGCUUGGAGUGUGGAAUAAGCUUUAGUCAGAGUGGGAGCCUUAAUGUCCAUAAAAGAAUUCACACAGGAGAGAAACCAUACAAAUGCUUGGAGUGUGGAAAAGCCUUCAGUCGGAGUGAGCAUUUUACUACCCAUCAAAGAAUUCACAAAGGGGAGAAACCAUACAAAUGCCUGGAGUGUGGAAAAGCUUUUGGUCGGAGUGGACACCUUACUUCCCAUCAAAGAAUUCACACAGGGGAGAAACCAUACAAAUGCCUGGAGUGUGGAAAAGCCUUCAGUCGGAAUGAACACCUUACUUCCCAUCAAAUAAUUCACAAAGGGGAGAAACCAUACAAAUGCCUGGAGUGUGGAAAUGCCUUCAGUUACAUGACAAAUCUUACUGCACAUCAGAAAGUUCACAGAGGGGAGAAACCAUACAAAUGCCUGGAGUGUGGAAAAGCCUUCAGUAGGAGAGGAAGCCUUACUUCCCAUCAAAGACUUCACACAGGGGAGAAAUUGCACAAAUGCCUGGUGUGUGGAAAAACCUUCCGUCACAGAACAAGUCUUACGGUACACCAGAGGAUUCACACAGGGGAGAAACCGUACAAAUGCUUGGAGUGUGGAAAAGCCUUCAAAUUCAGUGGACCCCUUACUUUACAUCAGAGAAUUCACACAGGAGAGAAACCAUAUAAAUGCCUGGAGUGUGGAAGAAGCUUCAGUCAGAGUGGAAGCCUUACUAGACACCAGAGGAUUCACACAGGGGAGAAACCAUAUAAAUGCCUGCUUUGUGGAAAAGCCUUCAGUGAGAGUGGAAACCUUACUUCCCAUCAAAGAAUUCAUACAGGGCAGAAACCAUAUAAAUGCUAGGACUGCGGAGUAGUGUACAGACACAGUACAAUUCUCACCCCCCUCAAAGAAUUCGCUGAAGGGGGAAACCGUGUAAAUAUCCGGUGUGAGGAAAAGACUUCAUUCACAGGAGUGUUGUGUGGUUUCCAGGCUAUAUGGCCACGUUUGGAAGAUCCUUUGAAGAUGCCAGCCACAGAUGCAGACGAAACAUCAGGAGAAAAUGGUACUAGAACACGGCCAUAUAGACCAGAAACAACACAACACCCCAGUGAUUCCAGGCGUGGAAGCCUUCGACAAUACUUCAGUCACAGUACAAACCUUACUACCCAUCAUAAAAUUCACAUUGAGAGAAACCAUGUAAAUGUCUGGUGUGAGGGAAAGACUUUAGUCACAGUGCAAAUCUUACUUCACAAGAAAGAAUUCACACAGGGAGAAAUGAAAUAAAUGUCUUGAACGCAUAAAAA